AUAAUUUUACUUUGCUAUGCUCACCAUCGUUAAACCCGUUUAGUGAUUUUUGUAAGCGUUGUGUCUCGCAAGUGUGGAGUGGGAAUUGCUAGUGGGUGUAAUUAUCCAAUCGUUUUUUCAAUUUUUUGGAACUUAGGAAUUUUAAAAGUAGUCUAACAUGUCCUACAGCAAUCAGGGAAGUAGGGGUGGGUUUCGCGGCGGAAGAGAUAGCUAUGGAGGAAGAGAUAGUUACGGCUCUAGUGGAGCCAGUCGAAGUUUUGGGGAUCAAAGGGGCGGCGUGGGAAGCGGAGGGAGUUUUAGAAGCGGCGUAGGUGGGGGGUUUAGAAGUGGAGGAGCAGUUGGUGCUACAGGUGGAGGUUUUAGAAGCGGAGGAGGAGGAGGAGGAUAUCGCGGUAGCGAUAGUGGAGCGGGAGACGGUUUCAGAAGCGGAGAUAGGGGAGGUGGAAGCGGUGGAUUUAGAAGCGGAAGCGGCGGAAGGGGUGGUGGUUUCAGAAGCAGUGGAGGAGGAGGAGGAAGCGGAGGAUUUAGAAGUGGAUCAGGUGGAAAAUUUGGCGGUCGCGGUGGAAGCGGAAGUGGUGGAGCUCGUUUGCGCAAACCACAGUGGGAAACGAAAACCUUGCGCCCUUUUAAGAAGGAUUUUUACGUUCCCCAUCCCGCAGUUGUUAAUCGGUCGCAUUACGAAGUUGAGGCAUACCGGCGAGCCAAAGAAAUAACUGUCGACGGUCCUGACGUGCCAAAUCCCAUUCAAAAUUUUGAUGAGGCCUGCUUUCCCGAUUACGUAAUGCAGGAGAUUCGGAGACAGGGUUACGAGUCGCCUACGCCAAUUCAAGCGCAAGCAUGGCCCAUUGCGAUGAGCGGAAGAGAUAUGGUCGGAAUUGCUCAGACGGGUUCUGGGAAAACCUUAGCGUAUAUUUUGCCCGCGAUUGUCCAUAUAAACAAUCAACAACGUCUGUUGCGGGAUGAAGGGCCCAUUGUUUUGGUAUUGGCACCUACUAGGGAAUUAGCCCAGCAAAUUCAGCAAGUUGCGAACGAUUUUGGCAGUUUGUCAUAUAUUCGUAACACUUGCGUAUUUGGGGGCGCCCCUAAAGGUCCACAGGCCCGAGAUUUAGAGAAAGGCGUGGAAAUCUGUAUCGCCACACCAGGAAGGUUAAUUGAUUUUCUUGAAAAAGGCGCAACCAAUUUGGAAAGAUGCACUUACUUGGUUUUGGAUGAGGCUGACAGAAUGUUGGACAUGGGUUUUGAGCCUCAAAUUCGAAAGAUUAUCGAUCAAAUCAGGCCAGAUAGGCAAACUUUAAUGUGGUCGGCAACAUGGCCUAAAGAAGUUCGAAAACUUGCGUCAGAUUUUAUGAAUAAUUUUGUUCAGAUAAAUAUCGGUUCCCUUCAGCUUUCUGCUAAUCACAACAUUCUACAAAUCGUCGACGUUUGUCAGGAGCAUGAGAAGGAAUACAAGUUAAACCAGCUUUUGCAAGAAAUCAGUAAUAAUUCUGAGAUGGGAGCAAAAAUUAUUAUAUUUGUGGAAACAAAAAAGAAAGUUGAGGCAAUCACUAGGGGCAUAAAACGUUAUGGCUGGCCUGCUCUAUGCAUGCAUGGAGACAAGAGUCAGCAAGAGAGGGACUAUGUGCUUCAAGAUUUUCGCGACGGCAAGUCAACAAUUUUGGUGGCAACAGAUGUUGCUGCACGGGGUUUAGAUGUGGAUGGUAUCAAAUAUGUGAUAAAUUACGAUUAUCCAAAUUCGUCCGAGGAUUACAUUCAUAGAAUAGGUAGAACAGCGAGAUCUGACACCACCGGGACUUCGUAUGCGUUCUUUACACCAAACAAUUCGCGCCAGGCCAAGGAUUUGGUUUCCGUCUUGCAAGAAGCAAACCAGGUCGUUAAUCCGAAACUUGCGGAGUUGAUGAGUCGGGGCGGAGGUUACGGCGGCAAAGGGGGCAGCCGCUGGGGCAGUGGCGGAGGCGGCCGUUCUAGCGGAGGCGAUAGAGGAGGUCGUGGUGGAAGUCGAGGGGGAGGGAGAGGUGGUAGUCGCGAUGGAGGAUAUUCCAGAGGAGGAGGAGGAUACGGAGUCAGCCGAGACGGCGGUGCUGGUGGCGGUAGAGGCGGCAGUAGAGGGGGGCCGGGAGGGUCAAGGUUCAGUGGUGGUCGAGCAUAUAAUUGAUUUUAAUAUUAAAUCUGCGCCCGAUAAACAGCAAACUUUCUUCGGAUGCAUUCCGCGUGCGUCAACUGCUAUUGGAGUCUGUUUCUCCUUUUUGUGUAGAAAAUAUUAAACCACUCUUUGAUGUCUAAUAUUAAGUUAAUUAAAUCCUUUAACGCCUCUUUAAAAUUGUGUUGCCCGAAGAGUUUUGUAAUGAUGAUAAAAGACUGAGUUGUAGAAGAUGAAGAUUCGUUAUUCAGACCACACUUUGUAACUCUUUUUAAUUUAUAAUUCAUGUGAGUUUGUUCUUUUGCACAAAACACACAUUUUUCUGCAUAAUUUUAUGAUUUCUUUACUAGUAAAUCACUUCAUUCAUAAGCCAAUGCUCAUUUGUUUGACAUCAAGCAAUUAUGUGCGGAGCGAAGGACUUUGUGUCACUUGAAUCCCAGCAUCUGAACAUCCAGAUCCCUGAGAAGACAAAAGAUAAAACAAAAGAGCUUGUUCUACCAUACACAAACCCAAAAUUACCAGGUUUGGUUAAUGUAAAAUUCAUUGAUCAAUUGUUUUGCUUGAUUGAUUUACUUUAUUUACACCUAGGUCCAAUAAGCAAUGUUUAGAUAAAUUGAGUGCUCCAAAUUAAAUAAGGAACCCUACUUCAAAAAAAAUCGAGUUACUCUAAUCUAAUCUAAGGAUAUUGACCAUUUUUUGUGACAAGCCAGAGAUUUAUGUGUGUAAAAAAUAACGGCUGCACUAAUCUAAUAUCCUAUUACAGCAUUGCUAACAUGUGGUGUUUGUUGCUAAUGAAGCAUACUUAUUUCUCAGUAUUACUGGCCACAAAAUAGUGGGGGCCGUAUGUCUGGCACUAGGCGUUAAGGGUUUAAUAUGUGUUUGUAAAACAUUUCCAAUUAUAAAAAUUAAAAAUAAAUUUAAAACUUUGAUUAAAUCAAAUUCAAUAAUUUAAAAGUUUCUUGGAUUCCAGAUUAGCACAUAUGAUUAAUUUGUAUUCAAAUGCUUAGUUUAAAUAAAUGAUUUUGGGUAA